GUCUGGGCUGCUGCUGUGUGACACUGAGCUGAGCAGCUUUUUGAUUUGUGAAUGUGGUAAAGGUUUCAGAGGGACUUGUCAGUACCGCUCUGUUGAAUGGUUGGACUUAUUUCGUGUUUCUGUUUCUUGCAAAGAAGCAAGCUUCACCAAGCUGAGACUUUUCUCUUUAAAACGACUGGCAGUCCUGCCAUUGCUGGACUGGCCAGUGGUCGAACAUCCAUAGGAUUUCUCCCCAGAGCGAGAAGGCAAGUGAGACCGCUUCAAAUAAAACAACUCCAAGCUUCCAGGAAACAAAAACUAGAAGGCAGAGACGAGCAGAAACACCCCUUCACUAACACUCACGUGGUUGCCAUGGACCUGCAUAAGCAGUGGGAAAACCCAGAGACUGACUGGCACAAGGAAAAGAUGGAGUUGCUGGACCAGUUUGACAAUGAAAGGAAGGAAUGGGAGACCCAGUGGAAGAUCAUGCAAAAGAAGAUAGAGGAGCUUUGCCAUGAAGUAAAACUUCGGAGGAAAAUCAACAGGAGUGAACGUGCAAAGGUCAUUGAUCUUGAUCAUGAGAAGGCCAUUCAAGAUAAAGUGCUGGAAUCUUCUCCAAAUUACCCCAAUUCAGGACAAUGUGAAUUUACAAGGAUGAAUGGCAGGGAUGAUCUGGAAGAAGAAAAUAAAACAGAGCAGAGCUUACUAAGUGAAGGAAAUCAAAUGUUGAAGGAACAAAAAGCAACCAAAACAUCAAAGGUAGGGUUUAUGGACCCCUUGGCCACAGACAACCAAAAGGAAUGUGGGGCCUGGCCCGACCCGAGGACCCCUGAGGAAGCGAGCAAGGGCUGCUCCGGUGCCCUCAACACAGCUCUUGAAGAACUUGCCAAGGUCAGUGAAGAAUUAUGCAGCUUUCAAGAGGAAAUUCGAAAGCGGUCUAACCACAGAAGGAUGAAGUCAGAUUCUUUUCUCCAGGAAGGGCCCAAUGUAAAUAACGUGCCUCAUGGAGACCACAUGAUCAACAAUGGCCAGUGCAUUCUUCCAAUAAAUUUUGAAAAAGAAAAGCAGAAAAACAGAAAGAAUCUGAGCUAUACUAAUAUGCUUCAAAGCACUUCUAUGAAAAAAUGUGGAAUUCAUACAAUUGAUCUGCAAAGCAAUGAAACCCCACCAGUGCCCCCUCCAAGAAGCACAUCUCGCAAUCUUCCCAGCUCAUAUCCUGAACAAGCCCGUGAAAGUCGGAAGGAAAGUUUAAAUCACAACAGCCAGGGGGUCCAAGAGGGUCAAGGUGAAAGGAACUGCAGUCCUCACGUCCUUCUGAGGCAUGAUGAGAUGCCUACAUUGUGUCUAAAUGAUGGGAAAAUUUUGAAAAAUGUUACCAUGUUUUCUUCUUUGGCACCAGAAGCCAAAAUAGAUAACAAACCUCCAUGCAAAGAAAAUGUUGGAUUAGGCAUGUGGUCAUGCGACACUGUGAUAGGCAUGAAAAAUAACCCCUCUACCUUGUGGCUUCAGAAAACCUGUCCUACUCCUGAUAAGUCAGUAUAUGGAGAGAUGAUCCCAGAUCACCCUGCUAAAUCUCAUUCUGGCCUUUGUGUAAGCAAUGACUGUAGCUCCUUGGUGACAACGAGCAGUUUCCCACUUAGAAGUUUCAGCUGUGGCUUUGAAAGGACUACGAGGAAUGAAAAGCUGGCAGCAAAGACUGAUGAAUUUAAUAGAACUGUAUUUAGAACAGACAGAAAUUGUCGCAUAAUGCAGCAAAAUCAAAGCUACUCAGAAUCAUCUCAAGAUCUUAAGCCUUGUGAUACCUUGAUUACUCACAUGGACAACAUACCAGAAAAUGACAGUGUGUCUGAUACUCUGAAAACCGGUGCCCACAUGCCUGUGCCUAGAGAAAAUAUGCCUGAUAAUCCCACCAAUAAAUCCACAACAGGCCUAGACAGACAAAUGCAGGAACACCUAAGUCCUAGCAGUUAUUGGAAUAUGCUUCACGAGCAUGACUGGAGACCCAGUAAUUUGUCUGGCCGACCAAGAUCAGCAGAUCCUAGGUCAAAUUAUGGUGUUGUGGAAAAGCUGCUGAAAACCUAUGAGACAUCUACAGGGUCCGUACUGCAAAAUUCUAAAUGCUUCAAGGAUAAUUGGCCGAAAUGUAAUUCUGAUGUCAGUGUUGGGGAUACAUUAGGUCAGCAUUUAAAAAUAAUCCAAACAGAACAAGAGCUUCAAGGAAAAACAGCUAUGUGUCGGGCACAGCAAGGGAAGCAAGGAAUAGAUUGGAAAAAGAUAACAGAGGAAUCCAUGGCAGUGAAAUCUUCACAUGGAAAAGGAUUUUCCCGACCGGCUAGACCAGCAAAUCGCCGUCUCCCAUCCAGAUGGGCAUCGAGAUCUCCAUCGGCGCCCCCUGCCUUGCGGAGAGCUGCCCCCUGCUCUACUAUUUCUCUGCGAUCUGAAGCAUCAGUGGUCUGUGUCUCUGGCCUGGAUUGCUAGAUUUCCAAAAUCCCAACUGUCACACAGAGCAUUCUGAGAGUUUACAGGCCAUCCUGUCUCUUCUGUAUCUGUCAAGAUCAAUGAGACAAGCAAUUUAAAUCUUAACUUCCAUCAGUCUUCAGUGUUUUUAAUCUAUGGAAUAAUUCCUGUCUGUUGAUUUCUUAGAUAAGACUUUUUAAUGCCAUCCUCAUUAAUUUGCCAAUACAAUUUAAGUUGAAACAAUGUACUAUAUUGUAAAUUCUAACUUUCUUGCAAGUGGCAGAAAGCAAGGUUAUGUGCAUGGCCAUUUGUUUGCAGGUGCAUGUGUUGAAAUAGGAAGUAUCCUAGUAUGUAUUUAGAUAAGAAAACUUUUGUGCUAGUGUUGACUUUGAAAUUAUAACAUGUAUACCUACACAUUCUUUGUGUUUAUUUUAAAUUUUUGAAAAUAUAUGGUACUAUUUAUAUUUUGUAUACCUUUUCAUAGGUAUCCACUUAAAGCAUUUGAGGUACAUAUAUUAACUAACCACUUUCUUGACCCCAACCAUUUUCAAAAAUAAGAAUUAUACACAUAUCUAACAUUGGUAGAUUCCUAUAUACAACUCAUAAAUAAUUUCUUCACUCAUUUUAGGAUAGAACCAUCGAUCUCCUGUUUCACUCUUAAAUAAAUAAAAUUGUCACAGGUUUGAUAGAUCGGCCUCCUAAAGCAGACAUAAAAUGUUCACAAAAGCUUUUAUAUAUCAUUUGGUAGUCUAUUAUGGCUUUAAAUGUAUAUUUGAUCCUCAGAGACAGUAUCAUGAGACUGCCUUAUAAACAGCAUGACUUAAAAAUGAAUUUAUUUUGUCAAAUUCAAUUACAUUCUUUAAAUGGGAUAUAAGAAGAAAAUUAUGUCAAAUUCUAUUUUUGUUAUACUUGUAAGCUUGAGUUCAGCUGCUUUAUUUGGAGUCAUAUGUAUUUAGAGGUAAGUCAUUUACUUUUUUCUUUUUCUAAAAUUACUAGAUAAAAGAAUAAUUUACUUUUGUGAACAAGGAAGAUGAGGAAUGGUGUUUCUUAUGUAUUUCUUACAGUGUGCUACAUAAAAAAAAUGCCUUAAACUGAACUUUGGUACCCACGAAUAGUAUAAGGGCAGAAACAUGUAUUUUGGCCACAAAUGUGCAAACAGCAAACACAUAAAGUCUAUAUUGAGAACUGACACAAAAAAAUGAAUGUCGAGGUGCUUAGAAUCUACAUGGCAUCUCCUAGAAACAAUUUUGCUCUCCGUUGUCUCUGUAUAAAACCAACUAUGGUAUUAGAUACCAAGCCUAUUCAAGCUUUGCCUUUACUACCAAAAAGGUUAAGAAAUUCUUAUGACAAAGGUAUCCAAAGAGCCUUCUCUGUAUGAUACAUUCUAACAAUUUACAGAAAUUCACUUCAUAAUACACCAAGUAAAUAAUUUCCAAAUCCCAGACUGCCUUAACAGGCUCAAGACUGUUGUAUGGAGGUGGACAAUUUUACGCUUUUCAGUAAGGGAGUUUCCAGGAGUUGAGCUGAAGUAACUUCUAGAGUGUGAGGUUGGAGCAGAUGGAAAGUAAGGGCUAUCGAUCCACUCUUUUCAUUCUUGUUUCUUUCAAGAAUAUCCUUUUCCAUAGGAAGCCUAUCAGAGCAAAGUAAUCUAGGCACCAAGUGAUGUCAUUCAUAUUAUAUACAUCUCACCUCUAAGGGAGAAUACCCUAGGGAGGUGGUAGCCUUUGGCAUAAUAUCUUGGAUGUGUUAGGAAGAUGCUGUUGGGCAAUGUUGGAGAGCCUGCCCAAGAACUUUGUGACCUACCUAUUCCUCUACAUCGCUGUAUGCUGGGUAGUCUGAUGGGGAUCUGUGGUUCUGACCUUUAACCACAAGUCAGAAUAUUGAGGAUCCCUUCUACAAAAUUAGAUUACUGACCUCACCCCAUGAUUGCUAAAGAAGAUUUUCCGGGGGUGUGGAGUUGGAAUAUGAAGCUUUUAAUAAACAAAACAAGACAAAAAGCAAAAUAUUAGAUGAGUAGGAAGAUGCGGAAGAAAUAGCAUUGAUACCCAAGUGGAUGGGUGUCAUUGGGUUGUCAUAUUACUUCCCUGGAACUUGACUUUGUGAUCUGUAAAUUAAAAGUUAUAGAUCAGUCUUCAUAAUGUUAAGCCACGUUUUCUACUACCAAUUGAUUUAAACAGUGGGACACAUUUUAACAUCUCAUAUCGACUAAAAUCAUAGGACUUCAGAGCUAUAAAAAAGCAUCUAGUCAAACUCCUUGAUUGUAAAGAUGAAGAAACUGAGACAAAGAUUAUGUGAAUGUUCUCUUUUAGAGUAUUUUAUAAAUUUUUAUGGAAAAAACUCAUGUGAAUGAAAAUGAUCCUUGAAAAACAUUUUUUGAUGUGUUGGGAUUUUUAACCAGUACUUUUCUACUUUGGAUGGGCAAUUUCUUCCCGACACCAUACCCUUAAAUGCAUCAUUGCUGGAUUUAAGGAAUUUGUAAACAUUUUAGAAAUGUUUGACUGCAAUCACUUUUGUUAAUCGAAGUUUUCCCUAGCAGACUUUUGCAGGGAAAACCAUACGUUAUUUCAAAUGAGGAUUGCUAAUAGUACAAGUUAUCUCAGAAAGGAGUAAGAGUGCAGCAGAGAAGACAGCUUGAGGUCCUGUGUAUGUGUGCGUGCAGGGGUGUGCGCUGCACAGCAUUUGCACAGGUUCUCUGUAUGGCCUUAUGUCAAAGCCAAAUAUAAAAAUAUAAAUUAUGUUUGCGUAAUUCACUCAAACAAAAAUUAUAACUUUUAUUUGUUUUUACAUAGACAAUGAAGAUGACAAGAUUAUCAUACACAAAACAUGAUUUUCUUCUACAUAGGGGAUUUAGUCAGACCCCAUGUCAUCCUGAGAAAAUAUCUGGACCUAAAAAAAGGACAAUCUGAUUCCCUACAAAGAUUUUUUAAAUUAUUUUUAGGCAAAUUUGUGACAAACCACUACUUGAUACUGAUAUCUUCUUCAGUCAUUGGAAGGUACCAAAUAAAAUAGGCAUGGAAACACUUGCUGUGGCAUCUGUAAACAGAAUAUUUUGAUUUUCUUCCUUUUCUAUACUGGUCUUCAGGAAAGCUGAAAGUUUUUAUGAAGUCUAAACUCAAUGUGCACAUUUCAAGCUAACUUCUCCUAAAAUAUACUUUUAUUUCAAUCUUUGCAAGAUACUUUGUGUUAUAAUUAACUCAGUAAAUGAUUCUUUUAGUUAAUAAUAUCUGGAGUGAAAUAGUUAAUCUUCGAUGAAAGCCAGAGGACUACUUACAUUAUUUUUUAAAGGAAGUUACAUGUAGGAGUGAAAGGAGACAAUGGCCUCAAAAUGUUAAUACUCAAAAGGUAGACCACUGGGAAUAUAGGUUCUUCUUAGGAAAUUCCAGGAGAGAGAAGCUGAGACCAAGCAUGUCACCUGUUACAAAGGAAGCUGGUGGCUGUGCAGCCCAGAGAACGAAAGCUAAGUGAAUUUAACUCAGCAAAAACAAAUACUAGACUCUCCCAGGAAAAUCAAGGGCCUUGGAAAAGCACCACAUCAAGGAUUCCAGGGUUUCCCAUGCUCAGAAUUUAGGCAGGUGGUCAUUCUCAAAGAGAAACUUUAUAAAGUAGCCGAGACCAGACACUAGAUCCAGGGCAAGGGUAGAAAUGAAGUGUUCAGGGAAAGAAAGUGGCCAAAACAAGAGACUAGCUUUAGAAGCCCAGUCCUGGGAACCAGCAUGAAAGAAAGUUAGGAGAUGCAGCUAGAAGUAGGGUGAGAAAUUUUUACCCGAAGUAAAAAUGGAGACGUCUUCCCUGGCACACCAGAUCAUUACUGCAGUUAGGAGCCAAGAAGAGUUGGUCAGCAAGUGAAGGACCCAUUUUUUGGCUGAAAUAAGUGGAGGGUCAGUGCAGCCUGAGCUCUUGUCUGGAAUAUCUUUAGGAACUAGCAUUGAUAGGGGGCCAUCAGAGGACCUCACUUUGGGGAAUUUAAAAAGACAGGCAAAGAUGAUGAGGUGCAGACUGAUACUCUUCAACUUCGGUUAUUGUCAUUUUCUUGUGACUAUCACCAGAAUCUAAAAUUUUGUCUAAAUAACCGAAUAAAUAAAAUAAGCCAUCUCUACCUUCAUGUAAUAGAACAUAAGAGCAAAAUUAGACACCCCAGACAUUGAAAGUGGUAUUUUUCUCCAAUAAAAACUUAAAAACAAACACAAAGUAAAAUAAGUCCAUUUUUAGAAGAUUCUAGGAUAUCACACAAAAUUUUAUAUAUAAAGUGGGUCAGCAUAGAGGAAACUCAAAUUGCAUCUGAGAAUAAAAUAUAGUGUCAAAGAAAAAGAAAUGUCACAUGAUUAUAACUUAAGGAGGUGGGACUUAUUCAACUACUCUGAGCUCUAUCUGAAUGAAAAAGAAAUGGGCUGCAUGGAGUGGGGAAAAAGAUACCCCAAGAACAGGAAUAUCCAGUGUUGAUCCUCUGCUAUCUAGUGGAAAAGCACAGGGUCUGAGAACAUGAAAUUUCUGGACACAGGACUAUUUCCUUCUGUCAUGGGAACCAAAGGUGCCCCGACUGCUUUGUAUCACACAGAGCUCUCCAGGUCACCCAGUUCCAUCAGCUCACUUUUUCCACACUCAAACAGCAUUCGGGUUCUCAAAGUAACGACCUAGGUAUUUACAGAAAGUAAGAAAACAUCUAGAUCAGUGUUUCUUGAAUGUUUCCAGAACAUUUUCUAAUAGCAGAGAAAAUAACUGUCCAAAGGU